GCAGCAUCAAACUGCACUGCAUACGCGCCGAGGAGGAGAGCGAAGAUGGCGGAGAGCGUCGAAAGCGAGCACGAAUGGAACGAUUGGGCCCUGGAUUCGGCCGAAGACAGCGUAAUGGCAAUAGAAACCUUGAUAGCCACGUUGAGAGCUUUCGAAGACGUCCUGAAACAACAAGAAAUAUCCGUUGCGUCUUCCACGGAGUACUGUGACAACUUCUGCCAGGCACUGAUGCACUAUGCUGGCAGCAGGAACUCCAUGGAGCACGGCCUGCCUCUUCUGGAUGUGUACUGCCUGUCCAUUAACUGCUUUGCAGCAGCCAGAUCCCACCUGACGGCAGAGUCUGACAGCGUGGCUCUGGUUUUGAAGAGACUAGCUUUGAGCUGUUUUGAGCUGUUGCUGUCUGUGCCUGAGAAUGAAAUCCCAUUUGAAGCCUGGCUUCAGUUCCACCACUCUGUUCAGCUUGCUCAUGAUACCUUGUUACAAUAUGGAAGCACCGACCUCCAAGCCCUUCUCCAGAUCACAGGAGAGGGUGGGGCAUGGAGCAACCCGGUCCUUUCUGCACUUCUCACCGGCCAGCCCACCAUCCCAGAGGAAGUUGAUGCUUACAUAAGGUUGGAGGGCGAGGGCUUCAUGGAGAUGCGGGUGAAACAUCUGGAGAAAAUGGGUGAAGUGGCCAAAGCUGUGGUUCUGUCCAAAGCUUGCUGUGAAUGUAGCUUUAUUACCAACCAAGCAAUGUUCCGUCAGACGUUUGUCUCCCAACUUUGUCACCUGCUUCCCAAUGAAGAGGCUAUAAUGGAGAUAUCCAGACUGGACUGUAAGGAUGUACUGGAGAUCACGUGUAACUUGGAAACGGAGGGAGAGGAGAAUACGGCCUUCAUUCUGUGCACAACUUACCUAACUCAGCAACUACAGCAGCAGAAUCUUUACUGCUCCUGGGAGUUGAUACAGUUAUGGAGUAAGCUUCAAAGGAAACUUGACCCCUCUUUGGUCUCUCUUCUGGAAAGAUGCCUUCAACUUGGUGCCAUUGCCAAAACCGUCCAACAUUUGCUUUAUCUUGUCCGUGUAAUUCAAACAGAGGCAGAGGACCAGGGGGUACCUUGCUCAGUAGAACUUUGUGUCAAAAUUCUACAACUUCCAAAGCAAGAUGACUCAGAAUUGAGAACAUCCGUAUGCAAGACUGUGUCCUGCCUUCUUCCAAAUGAUCUCGAAGUGUUGCGCGCCUGCCAGCUUACAGAGUUCCUCCUUGGCCCCAGCCAGGAAUCCUUCACUUGUCUUGAGGAGCUCUACUUACGCCCAGAUCAUAAGUAUGACCAAGAAAACGAGGUCAUUCCCAAUUCACUACGCUGUGAGUUGUUGCUAGCUCUAAAAGCCUACUGGCCUUUUGACCCAGAAUUCUGGGACUGGAAAACUCUAAAGUGUCAUUGCAAAUCCCUUCUGGGGAUGAAGUCUGAGUCAGAGGAGGAAGAGGAAGAGAUGGCAGAGAAACAAGAGAAGGUUAAACAAGAGGAUCUGCCAGUAGUUGGAGUAAAAGAAGAAUCUGAGUCCCAAAACAGGAUAAACGGAGGUCUUAAUAUUGGACGUCAAGAUGUUAAACCUAGGCCAAAGUUCUCCUGUCUGAUUUGCAAGAGGUCAAUCACUGACAUACAAAUCAUUCACCACUCAAGAAGACACAUCGAAGACAAAUAUUUCCCCUGCCCUGCUUGCCUUGAAACAUUUAAAGGUAAAAAGGACCUUGUUAUUCACAUGAGAAAACACAUAAAGAAAAAAGGUGCGCCCUCCAAAAAAGACGAAAUGUUAAAGGAAGUGCCAAAACCCACCGAGGAGGAUGAUGACGACAUGGAACCUGGCGAGAUCCCUGUCGAUCCUUCCUUGAUGAUGUAUUACAAGUCCACACGAGAUCCAGAGGUGUUGAAUCACAUUGUGCAGCAAGCCAGCACCAUGAAAGAGAAGGAAGCUGACGAUGAUGAGUACAUAACAUUUGAUUACAUUGACAGACACUUCAAACUGCAGAAUCGAGAGAAGUAUCCGUGCCCGGGAACCAACUGUACUCGAGUUUUUAAACAUUCCAAAUACUUGUAUGUGCACCUAAAAGCAGAGCACACAGGUGAUGAGAAUGUCAAAUAUUUUCAUCAAAUAAGAGACAACAGGGAAAAGUGUGUGUUUUGUAAACGUCACUUUAUCUCUGCUUACCAUCACCGCAAACAUCGAAAAGUUCACUACGGUGAGCGGCCUUACAUGUGCGUGGUCAUUGGUUGUGGUGAACGGUUUAAGACAUCUAAUGAACUUGUCACUCACAAGCAGAUCCACGGCUAUCAGCUGAAUUACCAGUGUGGGCUCAAAGGGUGUUACAUCUCUUACUCUGAUUUGGGGCAGAUCUAUCACCAUGAAGCGCAGCAUUUCAGAGACGCAGCAUUUACCUGCUGUGGCACUGGAUGCAAAAAGUUCUACUUAUCCAAAAAAGACUUUCUGAAGCAUUUAACCACGCACAAAAUAACUUUUACAGAAAGAGAUUUUGAGUCACAGAGAAAAGCCAAACGGAAAUGUUUUAAGACUGUUCGUGAAUUGUCUGUUCAGCUCAGUAAAUCGGCACGUUUAGCAGAGAGUGUAAAUGGAGAUGUUCUAAACUCUCAGACAAUGAGUUGUGCCUCCUCUUUGCAAGAACCUGACAUAAAGGAGCCCAAGGCAACGGUAAAACUGGUAGCUAUGUGCUUCGAUGGAAGUAAGUUUAUAUGUGGCUUUGAGAAGUGUGGAAUGACGUUUUCCAGAGCUAGAGAUGUUCAGAGACAUCUGAAGUGUGCUCACCCAGAACAUCUGAAGUUGGAGAACAAAGAACACAUGCAUGAUCAAGAGCAGGAAUCUACGUCCACAGGAAUAAAGACUGAAACUGAUCUAGACAGUGAAGAAAGGGAAAAAAAGGAGCUUGCAACCCCACUUCUACCUUUGAAGGCCGCUAAAGACCAAAAAAUGUUAGCCCAUUCAAAAGGCAUAGAUUCAAGUUCUACAGGUCUUAACUCAAAGGGGGAUGCUCUAAGAGAAAUACUGAUUGGGCUGAGUAAACUCAGCUUAAAUGCCUCACCAUCUCACAGUUCGCCAGUUGAGCCCCCUCAGUCUAAACCUGAUGCAAACACACCACAGUUGUCUUUUCAUCAGGAGAUCAUGGCAAAACCGCCGGUCGUGCUGCUAAAGAAGAGGCCACAGCUGACUGAGGUGAAGGUGAAAGUCGAAUCUGAAGAAAAACCUUUAACCAGUCAGAAUGAUGCUUUUGAAACAUUAGCUGAAGCUAAGCCAUAUAUCUGUCGUGAAAAAGGGUGUAGCUUCAGGUCUGCUCAAAAUUACAGCUUACUUCGCCACUAUUACAAUCUACAUGGACACAGCAUUGAAAAAGCCAAAAAGAUGACGUCUUUUAAGGCCUACUUUUGCCAACUUUGUUCCAAAAGCCACAAAGAAAAGCAUGUGUUAAGGGCUCACUACAUUAACACCCACAAUAUGAGCGAGACUUCGGCAAACAAAGUCAAAGUCAGAUUGGUUAGUCCUGAGGCAAAUGAAAAGCCUACAUCCCAAAUCAAGCAACCAUCUAAGCCUUUGACCAAUAACAGUCCAAAGGAUAAAAAGAGCCCCAAACAGGAGCGACAGCAUGAGGCACAGAACUCAACUGUAAUAAGCAAAAAUGAAGAAACUGCUGGCAAUCAUUCCCCAUUAGAAGAGGAAGGAGAGAACGAAGCAGAGAGCAGUAAAGACGAUAAUGAGCAGAAAGAACAAAGUAAGGAUGGGACAACACAAAAGCUUAGAACAAGACGUCUAGUGGCCAAAGGUAACCUGUGCUAUAUACUGGAUAAAUUCAGUAAACCAUUUCAUUGUGUUGCAAAAAACUGUGAUGCAGCAUUUUCCACCCAAGGAGGCCUUGUUCGACACCUACAGUUAGUACAUCAUUACAAUCGCUCUCAGCUCCUGUUGGAAAAAGACUGUGAUGAGAAUCCCAGUCCAGAAGUCAGAAAGGACACUGCAAAGAGAAGACCUCUCCCAAACUCCGAUGAACCUCAGCGUCAGUUCAAAUGUCACUUUGCUAACUGUUCUGCCUCCUACCAUCUGAAAAGCAGCCUUGUGCGCCACACUCGAGAUUACCACUCUCAGCCACCUGGGCUAAUAAGGUGCACGUUUGAUGGCUGCUCGAGGGUUUUCAGUCAUGACGACGCACUUAAGAAACAUAUGCUUUAUAGUCACUGCGAAUGCUAUGAUUCACUAGUGGUACGACUGCAGAGUACUCACAAAAAUUCCAUCGCUGGAUGCCAGAAGAAGCUUCUAAUGGCAAAACAGAGUUCCCAGGCAGAAAAUUCUUGUCCACCCGUAACUCGGAGAUCUGAGAGAACAAUUACAAAGCCUGUGGUGGCCGAGUCGGAAGAUAAGGUUGACAAAAGUCUUGAACAGAAAUCAAAAGAAAAUGAAUCAAAUGCAGCUAGUCAGUUCACUUUUAAAUCUCACGAAGAAGCACUACAGAUGUGUCAAGAUCGCUGCUUUGCUGUCUACCCAUGCAUGGUUCAGAACUGCAACACUGUUGUCGGGUAUCACCACAGCUUACGGCGCCACUAUCUAAGAUCACAUCACAUGCGUCUGAACGAUUUUGUCAAAAAUGCCGAUAAGCUUGUUUUUAAAGUUGAGCAGCUUGAAGAACUGAUUCAAAGGGAAUCGGCCAGGCCAACUGUCACUGAGACACUCUCUUCUAAGGUUCAGCUCAAAACUGAGGGCCAAGAAGAGCUCGAAAACACAGGGAGGCCACCUUCACCCAUGUGCCAGCAAUCUAUCCAGACUGAAACAGAGAAUGUUGAUUUUCAUGAGCCCAAGAAAAUCUCUGAGAAGAAAGAUAGUAAAGAUCUUCAGGAGGUUUUGUUGAAGAAUGAUGAUAGUGAUGAUCCUCAGGAAAUCUCAGAGAAAAAAGAUAGUGAUGAUCAUCAGAAAGUCUCAAGGAAGGAAGAGGAUUAUGAUGAUCCUCGGGAAAUCUUAGAGAAGGAAGAAGAUAGUAAUGAUCUUCAGGAAGUCUCAGAGAAGAAAGAGAAUAGUGAUGAUCCUCAGGAACUUUUAGAGAAGGAAGAGGAUGGUGGUGAUCUUCAGGAAGUCUCAGAGAAGGAAGAGGAUAGUGAUGAUCUUCAGGAAGUCUCAGAGAAGGAAGAGGAUGGUGAUGAUCUUCAGGAAGUCUCAGAGAAGGAAGAGGAUGGUGAUGAUCUUCAGGAAGUCUCAGAGAAGGAAGAGGAUAGGGAUGAUCGUCAGGAAGUCUCAGAGAAGGAAGAGGAUAGGGAUGAUCUUCAGGAAGUCUCAGAGAAGGAAGAGGAUAGGGAUGAUCUUCAGGAAGUCUCAGAAAACGAACAGGACAGUGAUGAUCUUCAGGAAGUCUCAAAUAAUGAAAAUAAUCCUAAUCCUCAGAAAGUACCAGAGAAGAAAGAGGAGGUGCUUGCAUCUGCUGAAAGAAUUGGUGUCCCUUCUGCAGAUGGGGUACAUUGUGGUGAAUCGUGCACAGCUGAGUCUACUGAUGCCUCUUCUGCAGCCCUGCAGAACACACCUAAACCGGUAGACAGAAUAAACAUCGAUAAAUUCAAGUCUCUUCUCCGUCCGCUCACUGUUAACCUUUCACCUCCUUAUUCGCUGCGUUUCACACCCGAAGAGACUUUUCAGGAUGCAUUUGGCAACCAAGAUAACGGUAAACUUUUGAACGGGCUGGCCUCAUUGCCUUCUGCUCCUGUGCGGCAGCCUCUGAAACGGAAGAACGAACUAUCAGAACAGCCUUUAAGCUUAAAAGACACUCAGCCUAACAAUCCUUCUCCAUGCCCUUUUGACAUUGCUGCCUAUAAGCCUAUGGGCUUUGAGUCAUCUUUCUUGAAGUUCAUACAAGAAACGACACCAACAGAUGAAACACCAGUGAAACGACGAAAUACAUGCAGACGCAGCCGCUCUGUUAAGGAGAACAACCAGCUAGGAAUCCCUCACACCCGCAGUAAACGCACUCAUUCUGCACUGGUGAAGUCCCAGUCUGUGACUGGAGACUUCACGUCGGCACAAAACUUGAAGUCCAUCUUGGACAGAGCCCUGACUGGCUGUGGGGACCUGGCCAUAAAGCAGCUUCAGUACCUCCGACCAGUGGUGGUUCUGGAAAGACCCAUUUCUACCACUGCUCUGGCUAGCCUCUUCCCAUCUAAGACAAAAAACGUCAAACUGCUUUUUGGAAGUUAAUUUAACUGAGCACCUUUUUCUUUAUUUUUUAAACUUUACAGUGAAACAUUACUUUGUGUUUUCACAAACUAUGUAUCAGUAUUUUUUGUUUCGAACCUGGUGUUUUUACAAAACUUCUGUUGUAUUUUUUUAAUUUUUGAUGGAAGUUUUGUAUGAAUUAGCAGAAUAUUAAAAAAACAUACCUUAAUAGCGCGUAUCAGAGCAGUCUGACAGUAUUUUAGACUAAUGUAGAAUGCAGUCAAAUAACAUUCAUUAUGUUAGUUCACAAUCAUGUGUAAAUAAUUCAGCUCCCCCAGAAUAAUGUACAGCUUUGCAGAUUGUUAGAAAGGAUCAGUAGCAUAAUACAAGGCCUUUUCACUUUUGUGGAAAUGUGACUGAAACAUGGCCUUUAAAGUUAUUGUUUCAUUUGUUUUUCACCUUGGAUUUUAUGAAAACAGUGUUUGGUUGCAAAUAAUGGAAUGUGUGUAUGUAACACUUUGUAAUAAAAUAAAAGUCCACAAUGAAUUAAGGGCAUUUACU